UGGUAGAUUAUCAUCCACAAUCCAAAACGCAAGCUAAGGAAAAUCAUAAAUUAAGAGGAAAAAAAUUAAAUUAAAUAAAUAUAUAAAUAUCGACUCAACCAAAUGGCAGAACGUGUGUUACUCACUCCUUCACUACCUUUACCAACUACUAGACCUUCAACAACCACAAUGGCUACUAUUAGUGGCACCGCCGCCGCUCGCAUGAUCCCUUCCGCUACCAGAGCCACCGUUUCACUCUCCUCUUCUUCCCGUUCGUUUUUCUCAUUUUCAUCAUCUUCUUCUUCGGUUUCUUCGCUGCAAUGCUUGCGGUCUUCUCCUCGCAUUUCUCACCUGUUUCUCGAUCAGCGAAGAGCAGAUGUUCGUGUUUCGAGUGGACGCUACGGAACGGCUUCUGUUACAAAGGCUUUAGCAUCUGAUCCUGAUCAGUUGAAGAGCGCUCGAGAAGAUAUCAAGGAGCUUCUCAGAACUAAGUACUGUCAUCCUCUUAUGAUUCGGUUGGGAUGGCAUGAUGCUGGUACUUAUAAUAAGAAUAUUGAGGAGUGGCCACAGAGAGGUGGAGCCAAUGGUAGCUUAAGAUUUGAAGCUGAGUUGAAACAUGGAGCCAAUGCUGGACUUGUAAAUGCAUUGAAACUUCUCCAGCCAAUCAAAGACAAAUAUUCAGGCGUGACCUAUGCAGAUUUAUUUCAGUUAGCUGGUGCUACAGCUGUGGAGGAAGCUGGAGGCCCAAAGAUUCCCAUGAAAUAUGGAAGAGUAGAUGUCUCUGGACCGGAACAAUGCCCUGAAGAAGGGAGACUACCUGAUGCAGGCCCCCCUUCACCUGCUGAUCAUUUGCGUCAAGUUUUCUAUCGAAUGGGAUUGAAUGACAAGGAAAUUGUUGCAUUAUCUGGUGCGCACACACUGGGGCGGUCUAGACCAGACCGUAGUGGCUGGGGAAAACCUGAGACUAAGUACACGAAAGAUGGGCCAGGAGCACCUGGUGGACAAUCCUGGACCGCACAAUGGUUAAAGUUUGACAACUCAUACUUCAAGGACAUCAAAGAAAAAAAGGAUGAAGAUCUAUUGGUAUUGCCAACUGAUGCUGCUCUUUUUGAAGAUCCUUCCUUCAAGGUAUAUGCUGAGAAAUAUGCUGAAGAUCAGGAAGCAUUCUUUAAAGAUUAUGCUGAAGCACAUGCCAAACUCAGCAACCUUGGAUCCAAAUUUGAUCCUCCAGAGGGAAUUGUGAUUGAUGGUUCUCCAAAUGCAGAGAAGUUUGUAGCAGCCAAGUACUCCUCUGGAAAGGAGUAAAAAACAAGUAUCUUGUUUUCUUGUGCAAGUAUCUUUUAAUAAUACAAGAAGAAGCUAUUUUCAAAUCGUGUGAUUAUCGCAUGUAAAUUUGGAAGUCUUAAAAUGAAGAAGAAAGGAAUAAAAAUUCAAUAGUGUGUGCCUAUUUGAAUUGCAGAGAGAGCUGUCUGAUGCUAUGAGGCAGAAGAUACGAGCUGAAUAUGAGGCUGUUGGCGGUAGCCCAGAGAAGGCUCUAAAGUCAAACUAUUUUCUAAACAUCAUUAUUGUUAUUGCUGCUUUGGCAAUUUUGACAUCCCUACUUGGAAACUAAUUGGAUUUUGUCUUAACCGAAAUUCACUAUAAUUGACUUCACAUUUGAGCACUUGUUAA